AAUGACACAUUUGUUGAUCUAUUUAAUAUGAUUAUUGACAAAUUGAAUCAGUUGUGUUACAGCAUUGAACUGAUCUAGAACUUCGUCUGACAAUGAAACAUCCUAGUACUGCUGCUGGAAAAGGUUUACAGUACUGUGUAUGAUGGAAUUCUCUCUCUGUUGUUGACUUCACACUGGCCCGUGGUGGUAGUGGUAGAGCCUGGGCUGGCCUCUCAGCCAAGGGCUAGGCCAGGAUAUUCGUUGAUGGUAUUAUGUGAUCCAUUCUCGUGGCUAUUUCGAAGUUGAUACUCAUAAAGUGUGAAAACUGUGAUUCUCAGUGAAUAAUUUCGGAUCCAUUGUAAACGACCCUGGAUGGAUAUAUUUCUGGUUUAUUGAUUUUUUACACCAUUUUUGUCAAUCUGAUCGACAUCCGUUUUUUACGCGAGUGACCCCUCCUCUUUUCUCUUCUUUGGACAAGUGAUUUGAAAAUAGUUGGUAGGCCUAGUACAGGGGUAGAAUAGAGAUAAAUUCUCCCAACCACAACUACAGUUGGCCUAAUUGAACUUACUGUCGGUAGGCCCUACCACAUUCAAACAAUUGAACCGGUUCGUUUGUCGUUUUUAUAUAAGUGAUGGUUGCAAUUUUCAAACAAGAAUUGUCAAAAAUCAUGGGUUUCCUGCAGCAUGUAUCAUCUUUGAUUUAACUGUGAAACACAAUGUUUUGUCUUGAUGGAGCUUGCUCCGGCAAGAGUUCCGGAGUGAUAGCAAAGGCUAAUAAGUACAACAUAUUGAAACAAAGUUGGAGUCAAAUGAAAGUGGCAAGCAACAGUUAUACUAAAGAGGAGUAUUUAGAAAUGCCAAUACCAAGCACUAACCAUAUGCCCUGUACAUUGUUCAGGCUUGGAUUGAUUCAGUUAGCUGUUACUGCAAACAAGGCUGAGAAUAUCCGGCACGCUGUGUCGCGCGUAGCAGAUGCUGCAAAAAACGGGGCUAAUAUAGUUGCACUACCGGAAUGUUUUAAUUCUCCAUAUGGAACAUCAUAUUUUGCCGAAUAUGCCGAGAGGAUUCCAGGGGAGACCAGCCAGGCUCUCGCAAGUGCUGCAAAGGAAAACAAAGUGUUUUUAGUUGGAGGAUCUAUACCAGAAAGGGAGAAUGGUAAAUUUUUCAACACUUGUAUGGUGUUUAGUCCCGAUGGCAGCCUACUCGGAAAAUAUCGAAAGAUGCAUCUGUUUGACAUUAGUGUUCCUGGUAGGAUAACAUUUAAGGAGUCUGACGUACUUUCGGCUGGAAAUAGCUUUUUAACGUUUGAUACACCUUUCUGUAGGGUUGGUGUAGGCAUAUGUUAUGAUAUGCGCUUCCCCGAGAUUGCACAGAUCUAUUGCAAACAAGGCUGUGGAUUGCUGCUGUACCCUGGUGCUUUCAACAUGACCACUGGCCCAGCCCAUUGGGAGAUUUUACAGAAGGCAAGGGCGCUGGAUAAUCAGAUGUAUGUUUCUGCCAUUUCACCUGCCCGUGAUGAAAGUGCUUCCUACGUUGCCUGGGGACACAGCACAGUGGUAAAUCCUUGGGGUGAAGUAGUUGCUAAGGCCGGUCACAUGGAGGACACUAUUUAUGCUGACCUGGACAUCAGGUACCUGGAAGAUGUCCGACAACAGGUACCAGUCCAGUUCCAAAAACGAACUGAUGUUUAUAAGCUCAGUGAAGCAGUUUGACGCCUGCCAAUAAAUGUCUACAGAUGCUACACUUUUACAGUAUGGAAAGAAAAGACGAAAGCAUGCAAAAUUCAUAAAGAAGGAUGCCAUGGGAAUAUAACAGCAAAGUUACUAGCUAUUAAAAUAGGUUUGGAAGUUGAUAUAUGUGGUAUCAUGGACAAGAAGAGAUAAUUGAGGGAUGCAUUUAUGUAACAAAUGUCAGGUUUAUUGGACAUUGUAGAGUGAGAUAUCGUGGAUUUGUUUCUGGCAAAAAAAUGAUCAUAAUGUAUUAAACUUGAUUUGAGUGUAUUCUGCACUGUGCAGUAAUCCAAAACUUAAUAUUUAGGUAUUGGGAAUUUUGUAUUUUUCAAUUAUAUCAUGAAUAAUAAUGAAACAACUCAGGGUUUAUUUAUAUUUUAAUCACUUGAAAAAUCAAUCACUUAUCAAAUCUGUGGGAUAUAUUUUCUAAUAGGUUGUUGAAUAUUUUGGCCAAAGGCUAGAUAGAUGCUUUGACAUCGCCCCACAAGCCAACCUACUGGGUAGAGAAACCAGGCUAGGCCUACUCAUAACCAUCAUUUUAAUUUUACUAGUAGUGUUUCUGUUGGUAGUGAGUUCAGUGAGUAAGAACGAGUGAUGCUCCCUGAAACUUUUGGAUUUAUUUCCAAAGGAGUGGACAAAGUACUGUACUUCAUUGCAGAAAUAGGACAUGUUAACAGACAAAAUUGAUAAGGAUAAGUAUCACCAAAAGUUGGGUGUCUGUAGCAGAAUGUUACGUUUUUUUUUGGUUGUAGGCCAGAUUGUUGAAAUCCAGUUUGCCGAAUGCCAGAUUGCUGAGACCACUUUUUGCAGAAUCAUAGUUUGCCGAGUACCAGUUUACCGACUUAAAAACAAUGAAUCGCAGUUGCUGAAAUCCAGUUAUUACACAAAUAAUUCAAAAUAGUAGUGUGCUGUGCUUUUGUACAAAAUUCAGCAAACAGUGUUUGACUAAACUGGGAUUUCAUGUUUUCGGUGAACUGGAUUUCUGGAACUGGAACUGGGUUUCGGUAAAGUGGCCAUAAACUCGGCAAACCGGGCUUCAGCAAACUUGAUUUCAACCAACUGGUCAGAUCUACUUUUUUAUACCUCUCUCCAAUUAGAAAUAAAUCCUGUUUUGGGAUUUAGAGGGUUUAUCCCAGAUAUCAACAAAGAUGACUUGUAUUCUCAAUUUUGUUUCUUUGUAUUCUGUUAUCCGGUUUAGUUGAGUUGAUAUAAAAUAAAUCAAAACAAAAUCAAAUCAAACAUAAAACUUUCGCAAGGGCUUUAAAAUUAUUUUUAAAUGGCAAAAAUUCAUUUUGGUUUUAUUUCUUUCAUGAGGUAGCUUGGCACACACACACACACACAUUUUCUGAGUAAUAAUUAAAAUGAAAUUUUUUAUUUAACUUGACAUUGCUAUUUAAUUGUUUCUAGGAUAUAAUAUAGGAAAUAUUAUGAUGUAGAUCAGAAUUUUAGAAGUUAAAAUAAACCGGGAAAACCAUGUGUCAUUGGUUGCUUCUUUCCUCUAGGUGUCUCAAUUGCAUAUAGUGAAUGGAAGAUGGGGAUAGGUAAACCUCAUCAUCAAGAUUAUUGAAUCCCCCAGGGUCGUAUACUUUGUGCUCUAAAAAAUCUUAAUUGAAUUGCAGUAAGGACUUGGGGAUAUGUAACACAAUCCGCUUAGCAUCAGGUUUUAAGCUGUAGUGUAAUAGAACCGACAGCUUUCUCAUGCUCUUGCCAUUGAUAUUCUCAUAGGCUUUCAUUACUGACAAAUGUAGGCCUGGGGUGGAAACAGGAUUUUAAAAUGCACGAGAGGCACAAGGGGAAGUGUUAAGUUGUAGUUAUAUUGGCAGGUUUAACGCUAACUGACAAAAAAAUGAGAGGCAUGUUCUUAAUGCCAAAUAGUUCCAGGGGUUGGCGAAAGUGGCGUUUGGAUCCGCCCUUGGUUCUCCGCGAGGCUGUGCUACCCUACAAUUGCGUUUUAGGAAAACAUGGACAUAUAAUGCAAGUUAGGAUUUUAUUUCAAACUUCCAGCACUGUCGUUCCUUGAACUGUACUACCGCUUGUUAACAUUUUAAACGAGUACAUGCCUAAAUGAUUUAAAAGAUGGAAGAACACGAAGGAGGAGGGUCGAUGAAUGUAGACUUCUAUGUGAUGACCUAUGUAUUUCAUUAUUUUGGGUGUAUAUACUGCACUCAUUUGUUUCACCAUAGACAUUCAGAAAUACCGUUGAUUAAAAAAUAUAUCUUGGUUUCAAUUUGAACACAA